AGUUUUCGGAUUUACUGAUAGCAAGUUGUGUUUUUCUGUUGUUCUGACCAUCAGGCACAAAACAUCAUCAAUUUCUUCGGAAAAUAUAUUCCUAACUCAUUACGCAAGGAUUCUAUCCUCCACUUCCUUUGGAAACUCGAUAUAUUUGUUCGCAGCUUAGCACCGCACAACAAAAUAAAAAAAAACGAAGUAAACAAAACCUAA